AUGAACAUUUUCCACCAUAAGCAUCAGAAACUCAUUCUUCAGUGUUAUCCCGCUGGCAAGGCUGUGGACAAAAAACCAAACUCGUCGGAGUUGAGUUAUCUUUUAUACUAUGCAUCAACUAGAAGAGUCAAGUUGGAAAAAGUCAUUCAUUUCUUACGGGAAAAGACGCAACAGGACGCUAGCAGAAACAGAGCUGGUAACUUGCAAGUGACGUUGGCGAUAGUCAAGGAGUUGAUUGUCAAGUGCAGCGACAAUUUGAACGUGUUUGCUCGCCAGGCGUGCAACAUCUUGAAGAUCUGCUUGGACACAAAGGACAUUGCCAUUUGCAAAAGCGUGGUCACCACUUAUGGCGUCUUGUGUGAAAAGAUGGACGGGGCCUUGUUUGGUGGUGACAAGGAGUUUGUCUUGGACUUUACCGACGUGUCGCAAAUUUUGAUCUCGUUUGGCAAGGAGAAACACCUGGCGCAAAAUCAACUCGAAUGGGAAAUGAUUUCGUUGUUGGCUAUAAAGGACAUCUCGAGCUGUUUGGGGUACACCACCAACACGUCAAAGAAGUUCAUUGCCUUGUCGAUCCCAUUCUUGAUUCAAAUCAUUAUGCAAAAUAAUAGCAUUUCCAGCCUCGUGCAGAGAUUGAGAACAGUUAUAAAUGUGGAAUCGUCCCACGGCAACAAGAAGCUUUCUAGAGUCCAUUCGCAAAAAUCUCAAACGCGCAUCAAUAAGCAAAUUGACGAAGAUUUCCAAAACGACUCCUUGACCCAAGUAGACGUCAAUGAAGAAGCAAUGAAUGCUUUAAAGUCUUUUUUCAACAACAACACCACGUCGCAGAUCUCCGAGGUUACAAGAGCAGUGGUUCAACACAUAUACUCGGCGAAUCUCAACUUGGACUGGGGGAUCGUCUUGUUGGAGUUGUGUGUUACUUGGAUUCCCAUCCAAUUGAGAUUUGUCAGUUCUUCGACUUUGUUGGCAACGUUGAACCGUAUCAAUGUCGAAGGACCCAGCAAGUCCAACUACCAGUUGCAGUUGCAGUAUGCUCGCUACUUGUUGGGACUCCUUUCCUCGGGCGUCAACAUGGUUGGUUUAUCCAUCUCCGACGUUAUCCAGCAAUUGUUGAACUUGCAAACCGACUUGAUUUUGAAACCUAGCGACUUGAGCAAGCCCGAAAUUGACGUCAUCACCAACAUUUACUCCGAUUGUAUUUGCAACGUUACCACCCACAUCUACUACUUUGACCAAGUCCCAGAUGCCAUCCAGGAAAUUUUAGUUAAAGUGGAUUUCGUGUUGGAUGGCUCAUUUUCGGAAACUCAAACUGCUGCUUCCGGUGAAAGAAUCCAGGACUUGAUUAUCCAGUUUUUAAACAAUGUUUCCAAAAUUUUCCACAUUUUGAAAAACAACACCAGUUCCAUCAACAGGAACCACGUCAAUCUCGAACACUGGGAUAUCAGUUUGGGAUUAUUGGCACCAGAAAGUGAAUUUGAAGAUGGAAGAAAAACCGUGUUGACAGUGCAGCAGAUCCAAAACAUCCAAGCCAGGUAUCUCCAGGUGUUUGAUGAGUUUUUGAGCAACGAGUUGGCUGUUGCUUCCAAAGCCGACUAUGACGCCAUCAAAAAGCAAAACAAAUUGGACCCCGGAUCAAGUGGCAGCUCCGACUUUGCUCAUGAGGACGAAAAAGCCAUUGGCAAAAACCUUAUGGAGCCCGAUAUCAACCAGUACAUCACCCAACAGCAGAACUUUAUAUCGCACUUGUUGAUGUACACUGACAAGUUCUUUGACAGCUAUGACGCCCCCAAUACCGAGUUGGUUCUCUUGUUAGUGCUCGUGUUGAAGAAUAUGGUCACCAUUUUGGGGUUGAAUUUUGUCAGCAAUUUUAUCCCCUUUUUCCACCACUGGGUGUUGAAAACCAACAAGACCAACGAGUUUACUCAAAGACAAAAAUACAAGGAUACUCUUGCACAUAUUAUCAUGUUCCACAUAUUAAAGACCCUUGACAAGCAGUACCAUGCAGAUUUGGUUGGGUAUUGUACAAGCUCGAGAUUGUUUAGAGACGUUGUGGAUGCAAUUGAAUAUCGAAGGCAAAACAGGUUAUGGAUCCACGGCUUGGAUUCUGACUUGGAGUCGGUCAAGAGCAACCGUGUCUUGCCCGAGGGAGCCAAGAGACUAAGAAGCGACAAUGUUGAAGAGUUUGCCUGUGGCAACAACUUUCUUAUCGUCUGGUUACAUCCUCAAAAGCCUUUGCUCACCGAGGUUGAAAAAUCCCACGUGAGCACCCACAUGAGCCAGUUCAACAACGACUCGAGAAACACCAACAAUACGCUUCCCGAGCCAUUGGAAUUUGCCGACGUGCCAGAGCAAUUUCCUACAACCAUUAUUAAUCGCACUGGAGUAUCAUCCGAGGCCAUGUCUUCCAACUCCGAAAAGGGUGUUUGGACUGGAUUGGGCUUGGGCACUGCCGGUGAUAUCAACCAGAUACGCGCUGAAAUCAUUCAGUAUACUCAGCAUUACCAAGAGCGGGGCUUGCCACACGCUGCUGGCGAAUACACCACCUCGAAUCUUAGCAGCAUAAGGAGCCCUUCUGUUUACGACGACGCAAAUGGGUCGACAUACACAUACAACUCGAAACAUGUCAACUCGCCGCGGGUGGCCGAUUUGAAGUCGGCGGCAUCGGUUGCCAACCCGAGAACACAGCAAUUGUCGUCGAGAGAGAUGGAAAACACCGUUUCCAAUGACUCGAUUUUGCAAAAGAACCUUCUCUCGCACGACGUGGACUCGAUAUUAGCGGGGCUCGAGAGUGAAGACGAAGCAGCAUUUGUGGUGUAG